GAUCUGUCAAGGAACAAUAUUAAUCGAAUAAAGGAUAGAUACUUUGGAUCGCUUCACGAAAUGCAGUAUCUGUACGUAGUUUCACGGUCUGAAAGGACAGACAAUAGUCUUAUAAUUAAUUCGUAACACAAUUAGUGCUUUCAUCAUUGACCUUAAAAACUGAACUCCACAUUACUUACUCAUACGUAGCUCAAGUUCUGAUAUACUCAUAAAUGUAGUCUUUUUCAGGUGUCAAACAAGGGUCUAUUUAUCCUUUAAAAGCGUUUUAUUCUCUGUAGGAAUCUGGCUCAAAACCCUCUAACGGACAUAGAUGAAUUUGCCUUUAGAAAAACUGCAGCCCUCAAGUAUAUGUACGUCAAAUAACUUCUAUAAUUGUUUAGAUCACUCUUGGAGCGUCCUUAUUGCGGCUUAUAGAUGAACAUUUUAUUGUGCAGGAAUAUCAUCGGAACGGAAAUGGCAAUAAUUCCCAGUAAAGCCACUUCAAACCUUCAGGAGCUUGUAGUUUACAUGUGAGUGAAAUGUUCGCUAAGUUUUACUCCUUCCCCUUCACCCCUUCUCCCUGUUUGUGCGUCCUGUUUUCCAUGAGCGUUUGGAGUUCGAUGCGCCCUACGCUUUUAUCAGUUUCAAGGAGUUUCAAGAAUUAGUGUCAAAAUUGUUUUCUUACUUAUACUUCUGUUAGCUUAAUGACUAACCCUGGCUAAUUACUAAAGAUUAAAAGUCCAUCUAGAGAUUACUUUUGGUAGAUAGCUGAUGGGGUGUGAAAUGAAGCCAUCAGAGGACCUGGUGAAAAAUCAGUAAAAAGAAAGCAUGGGGAGUGCCAAGCCUUCGUCUCGUGGUGAUAGCGAGUACUUCAGCAAAUCAGACCUUAAAUGCAGGAAUUGCAAUAGAGUAAUAAGUCCAGGGGUUCAAACCAAUGUAAACCCUUGGAAAGGACGUGAUUGGACAAUUAAAUCAUCAAGAUCAUUAACAAGAAAUAUAAUAAUGCUGAAAAUGAUUUUAAAAAAAUAGCAGUCAUGCAGACUACAGGAAUGUCCCUGAAAAAACUUGCCAAGUUUUCUCUUUGUUUUAACCAGCUAGUUACACCUUUUGUCUCGUUAUGAGGAUAGUUGCUUAACUCUUUGUAUUUUAACAGCAUGAGGUGAUCCACCAGAACUGCACUUGUCCUCUCGUUAUGACGAAAGUUUCUUAACUCUUUGUAUUUCAACAGAGCAUCAGGUGAUCCACCAGAACUGCACUUGUCCGCCAGUUACUUUCUGUUUUCAGCACUGCGAUCCUCUGGUUACCAAUGUCAAGUGGCUUCGUUUUUUCAACUGAUAUGUAGCCCCUGUCCGCUUGGUACAUAUUCCUUUGGAGAAGUUCGCUGCAAACUCUGCCCUCCAGGUAUGAAUCCCGAUAUAACUCUGUCAAAUUAUUUAAUGGUAUAAUAAAAAGCCAACACAUUUUUCCUUCAUAUAACAUUGAGUUUUAUUGGUUUGUUGAAUAGGAGGAUUCUUCCAGGAUGUUAUGGCAUUUGUGGGGCUUUUAACUCAUGGAAUGGGAUGUAAGAUGUGUCCCCCCGGUAAAUACGUUAGCCCAGAGUCUGCACCUGGAAUGUCUGAGAAUGAUUGUAAAGGCUGUCCCCAAGGUCAGAAACAAGAUUAAAAGCAUACAUUUUGUACUACUUGUUAUGGUGUCACUACAACAAUAAGCAUAUCCCGGGUGAUGCUCUUGCUGAGUUCAAAUCCUUUAGGUUAAUUUAACGGCCCAUAAAAAUGGCCCUCUUCAAGACGAUGACAACAUUCUGCUGGGGUGGAUUUGCCCUUCUUACAAAAUAAAAUACGGGACAUUUUAGUUUGUUGUUGGGGAAAUUGAUGGGUUAAUACGAGGCCAAAAAAAAAAAGUUUAAAAAAUAGUGAAUAGUUUAUGUCCACGUUUUUUAUGUGUCGAUGAUCUAACUCUAAGACUGCUUGUUUUUUCAGGAACCCAAUAUGAUCUCUUUGCUGGAUUCAGGGCGUGUUUCUGCAUUGCAGGAUUUUAUCGUUUGGACAGGUUUGGAGCUUGUCAGCCAUGCCCAUUGGAAGGAUUGCUUUGUCGUAACGAGACCGUUAAAUUACGGGCUGGUUUCUUCUGGAAAUGGGAAAGCAAGAUGAGCCUUGAUUUGUACCAGAAUUUCACCAAAAACUUGAUGAUAUUUAAUGAUUCGUACAACACAGAACAAACAACAUACAAUGGAUCCUUUCCAACAGCUUACGCAUGCCCAGUUCCAGAGUCGUGUCUUGGAGGAAUGGAAUCUAAAUGUGCCGAUGGUUACCAGGGCGCAUUGUGCGCAGUCUGCAGUAAAGGUUACUAUCGACUUGUUUCAACGUGUCGAAAGUGCCCCACCCUUCCCUGGUUGAUUGGUCGAGUGUUCCUUGUAGCUGUAAUCUUAGCUAUCAUUAUAGGAUCUCUUUUAAUCGGUAGAAGAAGAAAAAAUGAGAGUGGUCGAUCAGUCACGGAUAUUCUAUUAGCCCGAUUGAAGAUCGUUAUUGGAUUUUAUCAGGUCACUUCUGGAACAUUAACAUCUUUCUCUCACGUAAACUGGCCAGAUGCAUUGAUCAGCGUGAUUAACUAUGCGCAAAUUGUCCAACUCAAUUUGUUACAGAUCGUUCCUGUUCACUGUUUUAAUAAUGAGGUCAAAGUAGACACAUAUUCUACUUUUCUAAUGUUCGCUGCCGUCAACAUCUUGGGAGUAGCACUAUUUGUUGUUGUGUAUUUUAUCAGCAAAGUGUACAACAUCAGACGCAGUGACUUAGAUGACAAGGGCCUAAAGCGCGCGAAUUCUUCGUCAAAGGAACAGUGCUACAGGUGCAUUUUCGUACUUUUGUUUCUUACUUACCCCGCACUAUCUGCUCAGAUCCUUCAAAUGUUGCCUGCAGCCUGCCAUGAGAUUUGCAUGGCCGCUCAGGGAAAGAACUGCGAAGCGUUCCUCAGAUUUGAUUACUCAGUCCGUUGUUACACUAAGAAGUUUAACUCCUAUGCGAUACUGGUAUAUAUUUCAUUGGUAUUUGUCGUUGGCUUUCCUCUGGCAACGUUGGUGCUCCUCUGGAGGUCACACUUAAAUGACAAAAAAGUUGCUUUAAAACAGCAGAAUGUCCUUGGAAAGGCUUUACGUAUUGAAGCAGAAGGAUCCGACCAGGUGCAACUUCCAACAAAUCAGAACGAAGCAAAAGAUGAAGACCAAGAUUUGCCAGGGAAUGAGAUUUUUAAAGGAAUGAGAUUCCUUUACGAAAACUAUUCGUCGAGUUGUUGGUUCUGGGAGGUUGUGGACUUGGGGCGAAAAGUAGUCCUGACAUCAGUGCUUGCCCUGGUAGGAGCGGAGAGCCGCACUCAUCUUGGCGUAGCAGCUUUGCUUUCUGGUCUGUACACUGUAGUCUUUGCUUACUACAAACCAGUGACUGAUAUAUUUGAGUACUGGUUACAGCUCGCUUCGCUGUUGGCCACAAAUUUAAAUAUGAGCGCGGGAAUGCUGCUGAAGAUUCCAUCUCAGGCCGCAGUGACGUCAGAUGUGUCCAGCCAGUUUGAGUCUGUCGGUGUAGCAGUUCUUCUUGUUGCAAACAAUCUUUUUGUUUCCUCAAUAAUUAUCGGUAAGCUAAAUUAAAUAGUUUGAUUAUCGGAGCUAUAAGUGAGUGAUUUCUCACGCGCUGCAUGAUUACCAUAGAAAUGACGUACUGAUGGCGAAAUUUUUUCUCUCUCUCGCGCGCUAUUUUCAAAACUUUCUGGAAAUUGAUGUUUAAAACUGUCAACAUCAGAGUAAAAAAAAAAUAGAAAACAAUUUUUUAAAAAUCUAUAAUCCGUAGGUAUUAGCUUUAUUAUUAUUAUUAUUAUUAUUAUUAUUAACAGCAGCAGCAGCAGCAGUAGUAGAAGUAGUCCUUUCUGAUAACGGAACGAAAUCUAAACAUAUCCUUUCAUUCUUUGCAGUACGCAUUGGAUUCUCGCUGUUUGAGAAGUUGAUGGCCUUCAAGCAACAUCCACAAUGCAAUUUAAAAUGCUGCCUCUCUUUCGUGAUGAUGAUGAACGAUGCCUCAGGGGAGGUCAGAGGAUUAGAAGAUGAAAAGGAUUACGAAGUAUCUGGAGUUGCCAGGGCGAUGGAAAAUAUGACGUCAUUUGAAGUUGACCCCGAUGAUGAACCAAGCGAAAAGAAGAAAAUAAGAAAAGAGGCAGACACUUAA